GUUGUAAAUAUUUAUAUAGAGUAAAAAAAGUAUAGAAGAAAGCUGAAUUAAAAAAAAAUAAAAGUAUUAUUAUUAUUUGAAAAUUGUAUAACGUAACUAUUGUACAGAAAAGUCACUUAUAACUCAGUAUAUACGAUGGCCGGUAAUUUUUGGCAAAGUUCACAUCAUCAGCAGUGGUUGCUGGAUAAGCAGGAUUUAAUUAGGGAAAGGCAACAUGAUCUGAAUAUACUGAAUGAGGAAGAGUAUCAAAAGAUUUUCAUAUUUUUCUCGAGUGUUAUCCAAACACUUGGGGAACAGCUGAAGUUAAGACAACAAGUCAUAGCCACAGCUACAGUUUACUUUAAGAGAUUCUAUGCGAGGAACUCUUUGAAAUGUAUAGAUCCUUUGUUAUUAGCACCAACAUGCUUAUUCCUAGCCUCAAAGGUGGAAGAGUUUGGGGUCAUUUCAAAUUCAAGACUGAUUACAACUUGUCAGACUGUGGUUAAAAACAAAUUUUCAUACGCUUACAGUCAGGAAUUUCCAUAUCGUACCAAUCACAUUUUGGAAUGUGAAUUCUACCUCUUAGAGAACCUUGACUGCUGUCUCAUAGUUUAUCAACCAUACAGACCUCUUUUACAAUUGAUCCAAGACAUGGGACAUGAAGAGCAACUGCUCACCUUGGCUUGGAGGAUUGUAAAUGAUUCACUCAGGACUGAUGUUUGUCUAUUAUAUCCACCUUACCAAAUAGCCAUUGGUUCUUUGCAAGUAGCCUGCGUCGUCCUGCAGAAGGAUCACAAGGCUUGGUUUGCCGAACUCAACGUUGACAUCGAGAAGAUCCAAGAGAUUGCGCGAUAUAUCAUCAACCUGUUCGAGCUGUGGAAGCAGUACGAUGAAAAGAAGGAGAUCAGGGAGCUUUUAACCAAAAUGCCGAAGCCGAAACCGGCGCCCCAAAGAUAAGAUUACGUUUUAGAUGGAAAUAAUUCGUUUAUAUCGAUUUAAGCCUGUAUUAAUUUUAAUUAUUU